GCGCUACCAGUGCGCAUGCGCGGCACUCUACGCAUGCGCCCAGUGCGUGCAAGCGAGAAAGCCGGGCGGAAGUGUUUGCGGCUGGCCGGGCGGAAGAGUUGCUCGCUGCUGACGGUGCCGCGUCGGCGUGCAGAUAAAGCAACUAUGCCUGUUCAACUGCUGAAGAUCAUUAAAGGAAAAUCUGAGCCUCCACUACCAAGCCACUUGCAGAGGGAGGAUUUAAAACAUUUGCACGCAGGCUUAGAUCAUACCAACAAAUACUUCCAGGGAGUUGUUAUUCUUUCCUACCCACUAACAAAACUCGGAGAUGGGACAGACUUUUUCAAGAUUGUUCUUCAAGAUAACUCGUGUGCAAGGAUCGACAGUAUCAAUAUUUUAAUAUAUGGAAAAAUGGCAGAUGAUUGUGCACAAGUUAUACGUAAUGGGGACACCUGUGUAAUUGCUGGAUUUAAGUUGGCAAAAUCACCUACAGCAAGAGAAGAUGGUAGGCAUGGUUGCCACCUGGAGGUGUCAGAAGAAGCUGGAUCAGUCAUUUAUAUUUAUGCUCAGCCAAGCACAACUACUGCUUCAGAAACUGCAUCUGUGUCUGUUGUACCAAAAUACGUGUAUACUCCUCUGAAUUGUCUUAAAGAUGGAACUAUAGUGAAUUUGUAUGGUAUUGUGAAGUUCUUCAAGCCUCCAUAUGUAAGCAAAGGAACAGAUUAUUGUUCAGUUGUAACGCUUGUGGACCAAUCAAAUGUGAAGUUAACGUGCACUCUUUUUAAUGGAAAUCUGGAUUCUCUACCAAAAAUUUACAAAAUCGGAGAUAUUGUUCGAUUUCAUAGAAUAAAGAUCAGAGAAUACAAUGGACAGAUGCAGGGAAUUACCAGUGCAGGAUUUGCAUCCUUGACAUUUGAUGGAACUGUAGGAGCACCAGUAGUUCCUCGAACCUCUAGUAAAGCGUACACUUUUGUGGAUGAAGAACAAAAAACAGUAGAAGAAUUACGUAUUUGGGCAGCCAGUAAUCUUUCCAUCUCUGAACCAGCAGCAAAACUGUCUGGUGUUCGACCAAUGCUGUUCUUUGAUCUCACUUGCCAGCUGGUGGGGAAGGCAAAAGUGGAUGGAUCUUCUUUUCUUCUAAAGGUAUGGGAUGGCACAAAAUGUCCCUACCCAACAUGGAGGGUACCUAUAGAAACGAGAGACCUGGAAGGAGAAAAAGUUCUUCUUCAUCGGCUGCGAAAUCUAACAGCGGAUAUUCUAGUUUAUGACAACCACGUACCACUGGCAAAAUCACUCAAGAUUGGAAGUUUUCUGAGAAUUUACAGUAUUCAUACAAAACAAGCAAGUGCUGAAAAUGAAGAUGUUUCACAUGUAGAAUUCCAUCUUCAUGGUGGCACCUGUUACGGUCGAGGAAUAGGAGUGUUACCAGAAAGUCACCCAGAUAUUAAAGAACUAAAAACAUUCUUAGAAUCUGUGGAACUGGCAGACAGUCAGAAUAUGGAUAGCAUGUCUUCGCUGGAAUUAGAUAGCACUUCUAGCAAUAUUGCAGAUCUUGAAUCACAGAGAUGUCAGCAAUUAUCUGUUACAGUAUUGACAGAUCAUCAGGAGUUGAGUAACACAGUACUGAAAACUAUUCGGAACAGCAGAGCUCCUCAACAAUAUCGCAUUAGAGCAAAGCUGAGAACUUUUAAACCCCAGAAGCUCUAUCAAUCUAUUAAACUUCAUUGUUCCAAAUGCAAUUCUUUGCAAGAAGUUCCAGAUGGAGAUGCCUUUGACUUAAUUUUGCAAGGCUGUGCAGUUACUCCCCCAAACCCAGAAUUACACAGUACGUCCUGGUACGAAUCUGUAAUGUGGACUACGCAAGGCCAGAAACAAAGGAAAAUAACUAUUCAUUUUGUAAAGCACGAUGAGAUGCUUCUAUAUCCUGAAGAUACCUUGCUUAUGAUAGAAGGUGGAACAUCAAAAGAAAUCUGGAAGCUUACGAGAAGAUUUAAAUGUGUUAUUCCUGUGAGAUCCACAAAAAAUGAUCUUGAACUAUUAGAUCUUUCAGCUCCUUUUCUUUUACAAGGAAAAGUAAAAUAUUAUGGGUGCAAGCACUGUUCAACUCCAAAGCCUAUUAAGAAUCUAAGUUCCCUGGCAGCAGAACCACGACCAUCAUGGGAACCAACCGAAAUAGCACAAGUUUUAGGUAUUGAACCACUCCAGUAUGUUUUUAUUAUGAAGUUUACACUGGUUGAUGGAACAGGAGCACUAAAUGCAUACCUUUUUGAUUACGAGAAGUUCUUCCAAAUUCCUGCCUCUGAAAUCUUAAGUAAUAAUUUUCUUCAGCAAAAGAUGCAGAUGACCAUGAAUACGCUUUGCCCUCCAGGAAGAAAAUUAGAUGACUUGCCAUGGCUGGAAUGCUUCAUCAAGUCCUAUAACAUCACAGAUGGGAAGAAACAGCAAGUUUAUUACCAAAUUUUUGACACUACAGUUGCUGGAGAUGUUGUAUAGUAAUGUGUUACUAGUAGAAAAUAAUUCAGUAAGAUAUUUUUUUUUUUUUGGUGGAUUGGAGACU